UCCCUAAAGUGUCAUAUGUGUUUACACAAGACAACUAUGCAUUUGGAACCUCUGCAAUCCCUCCUGCGAGGCACUUACUCAGUGAAAGGUGAAGAUAUCUGAAGCUGACAAGAGGGGAAGGUACUUUAGCAUGAUGUUGUCACUAUACUUUUUGGUACUGGUCUCCAGUUUAUUCUGGACAGGGAUCCUUCCAUUACAGUUUAACGGAACAAAUGUCUGCAAAACCUUCAUCGACAGUAAUGUGAUAGUUGAAGAAGAGUAUGUGGAAAAGACUGUGGAUGAUGGAGACCCUAAUAAAGAGCUUUUAGAGACAAAAAAGAAAAGAAAUAUUACCCACCUGAUACAACUGAUAGACUAUGUAUGCUGUCCUGGAUGGUCAGAGGAUGGAGACGAGUGUCCAAUACCGGUUUGUGAUAAAGCAUGCCAAAAUGGCGGUUUCUGCAUUGGCCCUAACACUUGCAACUGCACCUCUGGGUAUACUGGAGCCCAGUGUCAGACAGAGCUUGCAGCAUUUAGAGGGAAAUUUAGUGAAGAAGAUAAACCUGAUUAUGACCCAAUCGAAGAGGAACGACAUCGGAAAUGUAACAAGCCUGGUUACGUAUGGUCAAACCAUUGCUGCUCUUCUACCUGUCCAACAAAAUGCCUGAAUGGAGGAUGGUGUUCAUUUGGGAAUGUCUGUCAGUGUCUACCAUAUUAUUAUGGAACAUUUUGUGAAAAAUACAGAUGCAGUCCUCCAUGUGAAAAUGGAGAGUGUGUUGGUCCAGGAAUGUGUGCCUGCUACACAGGAUGGACUGGACGCACAUGUGCAGAUGACAUAAAUGAAUGUGCAUUUAAUAAUGGUGGCUGUGAACAGAGCUGCACAAACCAAAGAGGAUCAUACAGCUGUAUUUGUACCGUGGGCUACACCUACUCACGGAGUAACUGGAAGAAAUGUAGUGGUGGCUUUCACAACUUUAACACAGCUGUUACAGUCCCUUUUGAAGUCAGUGUACAGUUGCCUAGCUUGAGGAAGGACAGAAUAUUUCCAAUUUCUCCAGGACGUGAUACUGUUUCAGAUGAAAUUAACAACCACAUGACAGGAGCAGUAAUUGGAAUCAUCAUUGGCAUUUGCUUUCUCUUCAUUGUCCUGGCAGUACUUAUUGGCUGUUACAUCAGAAAGCGUAGGAUGGCAACUGAGCCCACCCCAGAUGACUAUCCUGUUAAAGAAAAGGCAAAAGAUAAUAUUUAUGAAGAAGUAUUUGUAGUUUCCAAUAUAUUUGUGACGCAUGAGAAGGAUGUUGCUGAUUUGAAGGAAAAAGCAUAAGGUCAUUGAAAGAGGGAAAACACAUCAUUCUUGGGGAUGACACUGAAACGACAUGAUCCCAAAUGUCCAUCCAGCAAAAUCAGUUCACUACUAGUACAUCUAACUCUCUCAAUAACCACAUUGUACUUUUACCUCUAUGGAGCUGUCAUUAAUUAUUGUCAUACAUUUCCACAUGCAGCUUCUGUGUCUGAUAUCAAUAUAAGAUAAUAUUCUCAAAUUCUUUGAACAAGAGAACUGUGAAAAUACAACGCAAUCAAGCUGGUGACUAUGAUUAAUACAGAAGAUAUAAAUUGUGUAACUUGUAUUUCUAUUAAUUCUAGAUUUUUCCCUGCUACUUAGCAGAAAAGAAUCUGCACUUAGCAGGAAUUUGGUUACUAAAGAGUUUAUACAUUCUUGUAGCUUCUUUCCUUAUCUUUAAAACAAAAUGAAAAGUACUGCUUGUGACCUCACAGCUAGUGUCAUGGCAAACAUUUAUGAAGAUUCUAGAGCACCAACUAAUAAGAACAAGCUCCAGAAUCCAGAUGAACUCAUAUACAGCUGAAAAUGGAGCAUGCAUUCAUGCAUACAAGUUUAAAAGCACAUUACAUAGUAUAAAUGAUAUAUCAUAUGAAUGUCAGAAGUGUACCUGACUUUUCUAGUUCAGAGGUUUUUCCUGAGACAGCAGUAGCUUUUAAGCCAUAAAUCACUGUGAAUGUAAAUGAUUAGUUGCAAUGGAUAUACUAAUAAUAUAAAUCAUGGAAAAAUAUGAAGCAUUUUAUAUUAACAGAGUUUGUAUUAUGAUCAAAGCACUUUGCAGAGUUUUAACAGAAUUGGAAGUUUGAGGAUAAUGUAAUUGUAAUGUAAUGCUUCAGUAUAUUUAAUGUUUACAGCCUGCCAUGGCUCAAAGCCACAUUACACCUAAAAAUGAACAGUCCUGAUUUGUUAACUAUAACACCUAUGCAGAUUUCAGUAGCAGAUGUAAAGUACAGCAUAAUAUUUUCCAGCAAAGACGAUACCAAAUUUUCUGGCCUGGGAGAGUUUACAUCCAUGUGCCUCACAACAUUUUAGAAAUAAAGGAUCGAUCAGCAUUUAGGGAAUGUUCAGGCCAGUCCAGCUUACACUUUUAAUUGCCUGUUCUGUUGCUUUACACAUCAUGAAUUGCAAAGCUAACUCAGGUGACUGACUGGUCUACUACGACAAGCCAGACUGCUAACAUUCACUUCACCUCUACCACUUCUGGAAUAAUGCUGUUAUAGUUGCACAACUACACACAAGGCCCCAUUAAUUCAGGGCUUGAGACUUUCUACUAAUUUUAUUCUGUCUGUCACAUUGAUCUGGAUGAAUGUCAAACAAUAAAAUUCUUUAACUUUUACGUGUAAAGAUUGGUUUGAGUUUUACAAUAAUCUCAUUUCUGAAUUUUUCUCAUCACCUCUCCAUCUUAUAUAUUUCUCUUCCCUUUUAGUACCUCUUGCUCUUCCAUUUCAGUGUUGUCUGUAGCAGGAUACACUGUCUUCCCAUUCAUCCAUCCCAGACUGCAGUUUCCUCUCACCUGCUAUGCAUGCCUCAAUUUUCUCUCACACUCUUGAUCCCCAAGUAUCCCAUGUUACUUCUUGUUUAUAGCUGUUACAGCUGCUAAGCCAGAUCUUUGUCAAUAUGUCUUGCUCUGCUCUGUCCUUCCACUACUUAAUAACAAUACCCAUUUGUUAACCAGAUAGGCCCACUGGGCACACACUCCCUUUUUAAGUGUGUAUUCUAGAAACAAUGCCAAGUUAGGCGAUGUGCUCAGUUUCACACAAUAGAUAAAGAAGGGCUGUAAAGCAGGAAUUACAGCUCACAGCCUUAAUCCUCUCUGCCAAUUACCAGUUCUCACUCAUGCAUAUUCUUUCUUACAGCACUUUAUUCCAUGCCCCUCAAUUUCUUAAAAUAAGAAUUCUGGACAAAACAAAACAGUAACAGUGGGCCAAAGGCCCAAAAUGAGGGGCAGAUUUUAAAAUAUUGUUCCCAUAAAUACAGAAAGUUGCUAGAAUAACAAGCUUUGCAUUAACAUGCAUAUAUCUGAAGCAUGUGAAGUCUGAAACUCCAGUGUGUUAUUAUUUAGUGGCUGCAGUCCCCAGUUGUUUGUCUGAAAGCUACACAUUUUAUAAGUAAGACCAAAAAUAUGGGGCAAACAUCUGAAUUUCUGUGAACAUCUGGAAAAUCGAGUGGUAUGCUUUAUUCUGUUGCCUUUCUCCACCUUACUGAUGGAUAUAGAUUUACAAAGAUGUAUGUAUACAGAGUGGUGUGUGUGUGUGUGUGUGUGUGUGUGUGUGUGUGUGUGUGUGUGUGUGUGUGUGUGUGUGUGUGUGUGUGUGUGUGUGUGUGUGUGUGUACAUGCAUGUGGAUGCAUGCAUGUGUGUGUAUUUGUGUUAGAAUGAGAGAGACACAGAAAGUGGGACAGAGAGAGAGAAAGAGAGGAGAAACUGACUAUCAUGUCCUAAAGAGUGUAUAUUAUCUGUCUCUGUAGGUUUGUAUUAAACUAGAGAAUCAGUAUAGAAUGUAUAGAUGUUAAUUGCUGUUGUGUGAUUACUGAAAAAAGUAUAUUAAAAUUCGGCCAUGGCGGCAUUGAGGUAAUGCCAAUGUCUGAAAUUGCAGUAGUUAAUUUCCUUAGUGUUGAUGUUGCAAAAUUGAUUAUAAACAAUGCAUUGUCUAAAAUUUUGCAUGAAGUAUCUCAUGAGUGGUUAUGGAAUUGGGACCAUCCCAGAUAUGUUGGGGAAUGGAUUAGGUGUUAAGAAAUAUGCAAAGUGGAAAAGAUUGUGCCAAAAGAAAAAAAAAUGGAUGUCAUAGGAAAUUGUAUGAAAAUCAUAUUGUUCUGUUUUUACAAAACUACAAAUCUUGAUAAAAAAUGAGAGUCUUGUAUCUACCUAGUUUGAAGACAAAAAGAAGAUAAAUGGAAACACUGCAAUGUUCAAAAUUUUAUACUACUUUUGUGAUCAGGAAUGCCUCAUUCUCUACCACAAUUAUUAAUAUAAACAGAGCAAAACAUUUUUUGAGAAAAUCCUUGAAAAACAAACUCUGUAUUUUUAUUAUUCUUAUGGACAUUUUAGUUGAAACAUUUGAUGGAAGUGCAUCUGAUUGUACAGCUGUCAUAACAAGAAUGUUCCAUUUUGGGGGUGAUCAUAGCGAUAUUGUUCAGCUUCAGAAAGGUAGGAAAAUACUAAAAUGAGAUAUUUGUGGGGGCAUUUGUUGCAGUUGCCUCUCUGAUUUUAAAAUAAAAAAAGCUUAAAUAUGAAAAGCUGGUUUAUUAAUGUUGUCCCUGAGACACACAAGCAUAGUGUUGUCAUGAAUUAAAAUAUGUCUUUCUUUCCACAGAAGGAAUGGGCAUAAAUAUUUUUAUUUUCAAACCAUUUAGAAAUACACAGAGACAUAGUUUAAA